GUCAGCCUUUUUUUCCUCAUCAUUAUUAUUUUUGGUUUGGAGGGACACUCGAGUAGCGUUUUUCCAUGAAGAGUAGCUUCAACACCUUGUGAAGGGUUACUCUAUAUAUUCUGGCAUGUAUAUAUAAGAACAAGUGUAGUUGCAGGUUUUUCAUGAAUUCAUUGUCUGAUCUAAUUAGUUCAUUGAUUUAUUAGUGAUUAGAGAUGGGAGUGAGAGGGAAGGUGUUGGAAGUGGUACCAUUCAUAGCAAUGGUGACAAUGGAGGGUUGCACAAUUGGAUUGACAAUCUUAGCCAAAACAGCAAUAACUGGAGGGAUGAGCCCUCUUGUAUUUGUUGUGUAUACUAAUGCUCUUGGCUCCAUCCUCCUACUCCCUUAUUCUAUCUUGUUUCAUAGGUAUAGCCCACAACAAUCAAUCUUCACCUUUCCUCUUCUUAUGAGGAUCUUCUUCUUGGGUUUCACAGGGAUAUUUAUGGCACAAAACCUUGCAUUUUUGGGUCUAAGCUACAGUUCCCCAAUUGUUGUGUGCGUCAUGGGACUCUUGCUUCCUGCUAUUUCUUUCAUCCUCUCUCUUAUUCUCAGGACAAAAGAGAGAGAUUGGAGAAGAACAAGUUUCCAAGUCAAAGUGGUUGGGACCAUAGUAUCAAUAAUGGGAGCAACAGUGGUGGAAAUCUACAAGGGGCCUUAUAUAAGAACAGCUUCAUCUUCUUGUCUUCAACAACAUAACAAACCACACCUCUUUGUCUACUUGUCAACAGCAGAUCAUUGGGUUCUUGGUGGCAUUUUGCUUGCUGCUUCUUCUUUAUGUGUUUCAGCAUGGAACAUCAUUCAGCUGGGAACAGUUAAACAAUAUCCUCAUGUGAUGAAAGUGGUGUCCUUUUAUAGCUUGGCUGGGACAAUCCAAUGUGUUGUAUUCUCUUUAUUUGUAGAGAGAGACCCAAGUGCUUGGAAAGUUAACCUCAACAUGGAUCUCCUACUGAUUGUCACAACAGCAAUCUUUGUGAGUGUUAUUCGAAGCAGUAUUCACAUAACAUGUAGCACCAUGAAGGGCCCUUUGUAUGUACCUAUGUUUAAGCCAUUUGGGAUUGCUUUUGCAACCUUUUUUGGUGUCACCUUCUUCACUAAUAGUCUCCAUUAUGGAAGUGUCAUGGGAGCAGUAAUAACUGGGAUGGGGUAUUAUACAGUGAUGUGGGGACAGCUUAAAGAAGGUGAAGAUAAGGAAGAAUAUUCUUCUAGUCUCAAGAGUAGUGAAGAUUCUUCCGACAUGAAGGUUCCUCUGUUGCAAGAAGAUUUGCCAGUGUAAAUGUUAUACAAGCUAUGUAUGUCCAUGGAAGUUGUCAUUUUACUGUAAAAAUCAGAAUGUUUGCGGAAGCAUAUUAGUGCACUUCCCCUGCAUAAUGAUUAAUACUUUGAUAUGUAAAUAUCCGUUUUAUGAAAGGGCUUUUGUGGUGUGUAUCCAUCAA